AUGAAUAUACCUACCAUUCUCAAUGACAUAGAACAGAAUUUAUUUCUUCCCAAAAAGUUGAUUUCGUGUAAAAGGAACGACUUUUCUGGAGAGUUCAAAUGUAAAGUAGAGUAUGGGAUUGUUGAUGAUUGCUCAGUGCUCUCAUGUGGCUGUUGUAUAUCAGAUUUGCUGUACGGUAAUAUUUCCUCAGAAACAAAGCAGGGAACCAUACAGUGUCCAAUUUGUGAUUCAGUUAAUGUAUCCUUGAUAGGUCCCGUGAAGCAGCUAAGGAAUCUCUACCAGCAACUGCAAUACUUCUCUCAACAGAGACGCCAGAACCUUGAAACUAUUACUAAAGUAAACGAAGACUCUGUUUGUAAUCAGAUCGCAGUGAGUGAAGGAUCAGUAUAUGAAAACCGAACUGCGGGAGUACGAUCUGAUGGCCCUCCAGGUAGUGCCAUAUCCCCAAGAGACAUAGCAGUGCGCUCGCAUCACACAAGACAUGAUUAUUAUUCUGGCACUCCCAAUAAUCAAAAGUCAUUGAUUGCAUUGUUCCAUAGCCUUGCUUCGCGUUUGGGUAGCGAUUCAAUAACAGAUAAUAUCAAUACGAUGGAUGCACAAAAGAAGAUCGUUUUAUCAGAGAGGCGACGUAGGGGAUCAACAACACGAAGUGAGUCAAAUAUAAAUGAAGAUAUAGAAAGUAAUAUAAAUGGAGAGCUUAAAGUACUAGACAAUGUAUCCAAUACGAGGACAAUACCAGUUUCUCAAGAUUCGAUUACUACACCCAUAAAGGAUGCUCCACAGAAUUUAGCACCAUCGGUUAGUAUUGAUGAGGAGAGAGAGUACUACUUCGCAAAAUGUUUUCCUGUUUAUAGAAAGCGCUCCCAAUUUAACACACACUCCAAAUUUUUGAGAACUAAAUCCAAACUAUUUAUCAAUAUGUCGAUCUCUCCAGAUUGUUCGAAGUUUGCUCUUCUUACUGAACAUAGAUGGGAGGUAUACUCAAUCCCCACAGAGAGCACAAAUCAAAGUCCAGUUCUAUUAUUCUGCGGAAAAUCAACUGGUGAAUACGGUCCUGAUUUCGGCCAUUUAAACUAUCCAAAGGAUAGUUCUGUUUUAUUCGAUCGAGGAAGUAGCUCAAAUCAAAAUGAUUCAUGGGAGCAUUUGUAUUGCAAGCUUUCCAAUGACUUCUUGGUCAUAUCGGGCUCGAAGAAAAGGCUGCGCGUAUUUGAUUUGAGUCAAAAUGGUCAGCCUAUUCACAGUAGCAGCUCUACAUUCCCAAUAAGAUGCAUCGAUAUUGAUGCGAAUUCCAAUCUCAUAGCUUGCGGUAUUACAGGAAUGGAUAGAAAUACUGGUGCUGAGCAGGCUUUAAUUGUUUUCCAUAAGAUUGAGAAAAACAAUGUGACAUUCGAACCAGAAUUUUUGCCACCUACAACUAUAACGUUACCAUACAGAGAUCCAAUAAACACUUUACAAUUUUCUGAAGACGGUUUGUACUUGUCAUGUUCUACUGCUUUGGAAUCCAGAUUUCUGAUAAUAUCAUUAAGGAAAAUAAAUGAACCUAGAUUGAUAAUGAAGAGUUUGCGAUCAAUAGAUACUUCACUGGAAUCUGAAGGAAUCACUGAUACAAAGCUAUUUCCAGGUAACCCAAACUUGAUGUGCGUCACUUCAACAGCUUUCAAUUCGCCACCAAUUGUAAUAAAUACGAAAAUUCAAAGUAUCGAUGGUGUUCAAACUGUUGCCCAACCCACUAUGUUAAUAAGGUUGGAUGAGCUGGGAUCUAAAAUACAUAAGUGUGAGAUAUCCCCUCGUAAUGAUUCAAUUGCCUUUCUUGAUAGAAACGGGUCUGUUUACAUUAUGUUUGCACCCACGAUGAUGGACAACGAAAAGAGGAGAAUAGUUGUAGUUGACAUAGUUGCAAAUGCGUACAGGGCGCACGAAUCUGCUGCACUUAGAUUCAGUUCCGAUGGUCACAAACUAUACAUUUUAGAUAGAAAAGGGAUGUUGUAUCUUGAGGACUUUUCCUAUGGUUUGCCACAGGAACAAGAGGUUACCAAAUGUAAGAAAAUUAACUGA